GACAGGAGCAUUGAUGCUUGAAGAUAGAUGUGGGGGGUGGGAACCCCAAGCAUUGGCGACCCACCCAGCCUGCUGACAUCGCGAAAGGUUCGCAAUCAACGCGUCUCACACACACCACCCCGCGCUUGUUAUCUCCCAUCCCGGCUGCUCGCAACCGCCGAGGACGCUGCCUACCUAUGCCACAACACAAGACCGCCCUCUGGUAGAAAAGCCCUAUUGUCUUUGUUCCCCACCUUGGUCUUUCCCUCCAACUCUUGCCAUCAUCCCCAACAGAAACCACAAUGGCAACAGAACCCGAUGCGGGCGGGCCCGACCCCAUCCCCGCCGACGACAAUAACCCCCGCAGCAGCGGCAACCCGAAAGGCGACGACAGCAACUCCACAGCAGGAGAGCCGCCGGCCUCGCCGCCCCUGCCCGCGAAGCACGUGCCCGCAACACCCGGCCCGCGGGCGGCGGGGCUGCGCGAGGUCUACCGGCGGGCGCUGGAGCGGACGCUGGAGCGGGUCAGCUGGGACAACGUGGCGGCCUGCUACCCGACGGUUGCGGCGCGGGCGCCGGCGACGCUGCGGGCGGUGCAGGGGCAGAUGGUCGGGCUGCUGAGGGAGAAGUGCGACAGAGAAUUCGAGUCGAUCCUACAGAACCGGAACGUGGUCGCCAAGCUGAACGAGCUGGAGAGCCUGGUCGGCGACGCGGCGAGGAGGAAGAGCGAGAACCCGGACCGGGAGCCGCCUGUGCCACCCCACCUCCUCCCGGCCGACGACGUCCUAGCCGCGCACCUGGCCCCGCAGCUGGCGUCGCAGCAGUCGCAGCUCAACGCGCGCCUGCAGACGGCGCAGGCGCACAACGCGCGCCUCUUCGAGGAGAUCCGGGCCCAGCGCGCCGAGGCGGCCGAGCUCGUCGCCGCCGUCGAGAGGGUCCUCGCCGACAUGGACGGGGCCAGCGAGCUGCUCGGCGGCGUCGCUGACGACCUCGCCGCCGAGGCGAGGGCCGUCGAGGUGGAGAUGUCGGGGACGUGAAUGGGGAGGGGAAAGGUGGGGGGACGGAAAAAAGGGGAAAAGGAUGGAAGAGGCGAGGCGGAAGGGAGGGGAGAGAAGGGCCGGGUUAGGGCUGCGCCGGAUCGGUAUAGGGGAGUCAAGGCAAUGGGAAUGGUCUUGGAUGAGUGACACUCGGCAUUCUUUACUCGUCCGAGGAUGGCGUACAAGGCGUUUUUGGUCAAUGUGGGGGAAGGCAUCUUGUGUGCGAGAGAAAAGGUAUCUAGGUAUAUACAAGAUUCUCCGGCCUUGUUGGCAGGCAGCCGCCCCUCCCCCAACAUCCGUAGCUAUUUACAGAGAAACCCAACCCCUAAACCGAUGGGUUAGUUAC